AUGGCGAAGGAAGUGUUCACCCUCGAUGGGGGGAAAAUAUCGGAGUUUGAACGACUAAAGGUGGGGAACUUUGACUUCCUCUCCUGUCACGAUGACGAGAACAAAGAACAGAUGGUGAACACCUUGCAGAACAUUCACUUGAGUUACCUCCUGGCAGGGUGCAACGUAAUAAGUACGAACACCUUCCAAGUUAACCUUUACAGUUUGCAAGAAAGGGGGAUAAGCAUAGAGGAGGGAAAAGGCAUAAUCGACACGUAUAUCGACAUUGCUCAUAGUGCUUUGCUUAAAUAUGAAAGGAUAAAACGGACUACGGAUUUUGCACUCCUCGGGGGAACACCAAAGUUGGAGGAGUCUUCUCCCUAUGAACAUCUAGAAUGCUUCCAAAAGGUGAGAAACCAUUUGGGGAUCGUUCACCCGAAUGAUUCUGUUAACACGAGGGAGUAUGUAGAUAGCUUCGAUUUUCGGCACGAUGUUUGGAGGGGCAGCCCCAUCAGAAGAUGCGAAGACUGCUAUGUGGCCUUUUCCACAGGGGGCUACAGUUCGGCCUUCCGCGACUUUAGCGAAUACUCCGGUGUGUUGCACAAGCGGAGGACGGCAACCAAUUCAGCUGACCAGGUGGAAGUGGUUCAACUGGACAGCGCUGUGAAAGGAUGCAUAUCGAAGAACCAACGGUACGAUAUAAUAAUAAACACCCCCCCGCACCGACAGGAUCAUCUACCCGACAUAGAAAUGGUCCCCGUGAGCAGCACAGGAAGGAAUGAACCCUGCAGGAACGCCUUCCCCAACAGACACCUGUUCAACUACGGGUUGGAAUACUACAUAGAUGUAGGAGACGAGGAAAUUAUUUCCAACAGUCAGUUCAGAAUAGAAUCAUACAAACGAAACGCAGAUAAGCUUCACUUAUUUUCUCUCACCACGUCUUCUAACGUAAGAGAAGUGUUCACCCUUUACAACCAUUUAAAAAGUUGUGAGGGUUAUUUUAAAAAAAACGUGGUGGUAAGUUUCUACUGCAACAGUGAUCAGAACAUUGGCUGCUCAGAUUACUCCUUCCUAGACAUCGCGUUGAUCCUCCUCUACCUGGAUUCUCGCAACCAUUUUAUUAAAGCCAUCGGACUGAAUUGCCUAAACAUAGACUACGUGCGGGAGUUGUUUCUUCCUUUAACCAGGUGCAUUAAACCGGAUGGUUGCAUCGACGUGGAAGCUUAUCGAAGUCCAAGUGGCAAACUAACCGGGUUUAUCCAGACCAUUUUAAAGGACUUAAAAAAGAACACCUUCUUAGGCGAUGUUCAUUUUUUUGCCUCGCCGAACAAGUCACUCAAUCGAGUUAACUACGACUAUGCCACAAAUGACGUGCACUUCGAGGUUACGCAGAAGAGAAACAAGCACGUUUACAAUUACGUUGGGGAAUGGCUCAACGUAGGCCUUACUGGGUUCGGCGGGUGCUGCUAUUACAACCCAUACGAUAUUUCCCUGCUGGAUUAUAAGUUGGGUCAGCUGGCCAGGACACGGUGA